CAGUAGCUGAAACCAACUUCACACAAGGCGGGAGCUGCAUAUGCAAAACAUGCAGUCAUGUUGGCUGUUCUCUUGACCAUUUUGAUGUUUAAUCAAGGGCUUUCAUUGGACAAUCGUGGGACGAGUUUCAUCACUGCAUUCCCCGAGAACAUUGCUGUUUAUUAUCGAAAGACCUAUAACCUAUUCAAAAUCACUACCCUUCACCAAAACACUAUGAUCAAUGUUGCCUAUAUGGCCAACGGCAAUGUCACCACCAACACAAGCCUCGCCGAAGGAAUAAUUUGGACUUUGAAUUUGACAAAGCAGGUUGAAGAAUCCCAGUUUAUGUCUUCCAAUAAGACGUUUCGAAUCACCAGUGAUAAAAACAUCACAGUGGUUUCUGUGAGUGGAUGGAAGGGGAGAUUCCAGUCUCACGUUGUCCAGCCUGAACAAAAUCUGGGAAAGGUGUAUCAGGUUCCCUCUCUGAAUUACACCAAGAUAGCCACGUCCUUUAACCUCACGGUGACAUCAAAUGUCAGAUUCCUGCCUUUUAGGCUGAUGAUCAUCAAUGCAGUGGACAUGGACAAGAGUGUCACCAUCAAAGGGGUAGAUGAAAGAGGUCAGAGCCAAGAAGAUACAAUAAUGCUCGAUCCUUACAAUCUUUACCAGAUUCAGAUUAAUGGGUCGGUGAGACAAAUCAACGCAGAGGACAAAGUGGCUGUGAUUCUGACCCAUCCGUGCUUUGACAGCAAAAACUGCUCAUGCAACAUGAUUCUGAACCAGCUCCAACCCUAUGUGUCAAACAACAAUAAAGACAGAUUCCUCGUGCCCCCCAUCUUCAGUGCCAGACAGCUACUUGUGACAACAAAUCAACCCUUCCAAGUCUGUCAAGGUUGUUUUUCUCCUUAUACUGGUGUUUGGGUGCAAAAUUCUUCAGACAUCCUGCCAUUAUUACCCAAUUUUAAGAACAUCAUCUCAACUAUUUCUACCACCGUCCAGGUUUCCCUCCGAUUAAUCAGUCCUGGACUUGUUCUAGACCUCAUUCCGAUAAGCAAGUUCUCUGGCUGUUAUCUGGUGGAUUUUAAUUCCUCACACAGUGGUGCCUUGGUAAUUGCUAAUACAUCCAGUGCUGAUGCUGUGCGAAUGAAUGAUCAGCCUUUGCCUCCACACAAAUAGAACGUUAUGAAUGGCACAGGGUUCUCUUGAGCUCUAGUGGAGGGAGAAAGGUUAAGCACAAUCUGGCAUCCUUUUGCAAGGAUUGGUGUAUAUAUGAUAGAACGCUUGGAGUCUAACAAUACCUAUGGGAGUGCAGCAACAGUUAUAAAUUCAGACCCAGAUUAUGGCGGCUGUAUGGUGACUCCGGAGAUGUUUGUACUUGGUGAAAAUGAAAUGAGCUGGUUCAAGUCCCGCGAGUACUGCAUGAAAAAUGCUUAUCUGUUUGCCAGGCUCAACAAUGAAAGCAGCCAGACUAAGAUGGCCUUAAACAUGACAUUUGAAGAACCCACGGAGGGCUGGAUCAGUCUGCGCCGCAGCUUGUACUCAACAGACUGGUACUGGAAAAACGAAGACACUUUCUCACCUUACGUGGACUUCACUUACUGGGAGAAAGGACAGCCUGAAAAACCGGAGAAAGGCUUGUGCGCCUUGGUUUCCCUGGAUCCCAACAAGAACUUCAAGUGGAAGAGUGGACGCUGCUGUUCUAAAAAGAAGCCUGUUUGCUAUAAAAGACCAAAAUACUUCACUUUAUGAGAUACUUUGUAAACAACAGAUGUCUUGAAGACUUGUGACCUCCAAAAAUUUGCUUCCAGAACUAUCUUUAGGGAUCAGUAUAGAUUGGUUUGAUUUUCAUGCUCAACAUUUAUCUGUCUAUACAUAGUGAGGCCCCUAUAUUAGACUAGAUUUAGAAAAUGUUAUCUGGUGGGCAAUGACAUAGAUCUAGCAAUAAUAUUAACAGUGAAAAGAAAACUUGUAUUGCAGACUUUUUAGGUUAAAUAUAACUAUUAAAAAUUAGCGUGUAAGUUGAGAUGCAUUUUGAUCUGUAUCCAGACUAAGAUUUAAACAGUGAUUAUUAUUAAAGAAUGUUAAUUGAACAACAA